CCCCCUGCGGAUUGAGCACUCCUCUGCCCUCUUAAUUAAUAAGUUUAGAGCUCUGCUGUGAUCUCUCUUUUUUCUAAUUGAUCCAUCUGUUCAACUGAAUGGCUAUGGCAGUGGCCAUUCACGAUGCCCCGGAGCUCGACUUCUCGGGGUACAGCACGACCACUGCCACGACCGAUGGUGACUACAACUGGAACGACUGGUCCCCUGUGGUCGACUGGGAUGCGAUCUCUGGCCCCGUUGGCCAGGAUGACUUCCAUGGCCUUAUCGAGUCGAUGAUGAUGGCUGGGGAAGGGAGUGGACCGGGGGAUGGCAUGGUGGGAAUGGAAGAGGGUUACUGCUGCAACUCGGAGUCGACCGACUCGAUGGCAGUGGAUGAGGAAAUCAUGAUGGCUGAUGAUGGUGAGGACUUCAAGGGGCUCAGGCUGGUCCACCUCCUGAUGGCUGCGGCUGAGGCCCUGACCGGCCUCAACAAAAGCCACGAGCUGGCUCGGGUGAUAUUGGUUCGGCUCAAGGAGUUGGUUUCCCCAACCGAUGGCUCCAACAUGGAGCGGCUCGCCGCCCACUUCGCAGGUGCCCUCCAGGGGUUGCUCGAUGGCGCCACCUCCAAGCACCACCACGUGGCAAUCCCAGGUGGGGCCCACCGCGAUGACCACCACCAGACCGACGUGAUCGCCGCCUUCCAGCUGAUGCAGGACAUGUCGCCGUAUGUGAAGUUCGGGCAUUUUACGGCCAAUCAAGCGAUUCUGGAGGCUGUCGUCCUAUACAGACGGGUGCACGUGGUCGACUAUGAUAUCAUGGAGGGCAUCCAAUGGGCUUCUCUGAUGCAGGCCCUUGUGUCGAGGAAGGACGGCCCACCCGCCCCGCACCUAAGGAUCACGGCACUAUGGAGGGGUGGCAGUGGGCGGCGAUCAAUCGGGACUGUCCAGGAGACGGGCCGCCGGCUUUCUGCAUUUGCCACGUCAAUUGGCCUGCCUUUCUCAUUCCACCAGUGUAGGCUAGACUCCGAUGAAAAAUUUCGGCCGUCCAGCUUAAAAUUGGUCCGAGGCGAGGCGUUAAUCUUCAACUGCAUGCUCCACCUGCCCCAUUUCAGCUACCGGGCCCCCGACUCGGUUGCUUCAUUCCUAUCCGGUGCCAAGACAUUGAACCCGAGACUGGUGACCUUGGUCGAGGAGGAAACUGGAUCCAACAUUGGGGAUGGAGGAUUCGUGGGCCGGUUCAUGGAUUCAUUGCACCAUUACUCGGCCAUCUACGACUCGUUGGAGGCAGGAUUCCCAAUGCAGGGUCAGGCCAGGGCGCUGGUUGAGAGGGUUUUCCUGGGGCCGAGGAUAGCAGGUUCGCUGGCCCGGAUAUACCGGGGCUGGGGGAACGAGGACAGGGGAUCGUCGUGGGGGAAGUGGCUGGCUGAGGUUGGGUUCACGCCGGUGAAGAUAAGCUUCUCCAAUCAUUGCCAAGCGAAGCUGUUGCUGGGGCUGUUCAACGAUGGGUAUCGAGUGGAGGAAUUGGCCAACAACAGGCUUGUCUUAGGAUGGAAAUCUCGACGUUUGCUCUCUGCUUCAAUCUGGGCUUCCUCCUCCUCCUCUUCUUCUGAUUCUGAGUCGUGAAUUUAUUUUUCCUGUGAGAGCAUGAGUGUCUAAUUUAGUUUGGAGGUCAGCUUGGUCCUAGUCACGAGUUACUUCUGGUUAUGAUCCAUGAAUUUGCUUAUUCUAAUGGUCGAAGAUACUAUAAAAAGUGAAAUGCUUUCAAUAUAAUUUGUAUUUCGAGCUCUAUUUUUUCAUUUUUUUUCACUUGUUGCCCCAAAAAGUUAAUGUCACUAGAACUAGAUUUCAUAUUUGGUUGUA